GUGCAUCCGAGCGAACGUAAACAAACGCCAGCGCGAUUACAUAAGCUAGGAAUCAAGUCGGGGUGCAAAAAUGUGGUCGUCAUGACGACGCCGAAAACCUCCUUCGCGCUGGGCAGAAAUUACCGCAAAAUGAUCAAAGAACGAAAGAAAUGUGCGAGUAACACGUUGUUCACAACACGCCAAGUGCUACAGCUACGUGCGGCCUGUUAGAGAGCAGAGAAAAAAAUUCAAAUGCGCGAUGGUGCAGAUAUGUUGAGCCUGCGAGCGAAAAAGAGGCCGCGGAAGACUUUCGGUGCGUGCACGUGGUGCUCCCUUGUACAUAUUCGUGCAGGCGUACUUCCUGUGGGUGCUGUUUUAACAUUCGGGGCAACACGGGAAGAAGCGCAAAGGCACCACGAUGCCGGGUGGACGCAGGGGGUUGGUCGCCCCGCAGAACACAUUCCUGGAGAAUAUCAUUAGAAGAUCCAAUUCACAGCCGGAUAGCAGUUUCCUGCUGGCGAACGCGAUCGCCGAAUUUCCGAUCGUGCACGUAAACAGGCGUCUGGCAAGCAUCUCCGGCUGCCAACCGCGCCGGAGGUGAUGCAGAAGUCCCGUUGCUGCAGCGUUCAUGUCUGGCGAGUCAAAUGACAAGGAGACGAUCAAUCGCGUCGAUCACGUGCUCGAGCAUCAGCUGCACGACCAGUUCGAGAUACUGCUCUACAAGAAAAACAAAACACCGCUAUGGCUGCUGCUGCAAAUUUCGCCGAUCAAGAACGAGCGCGACCUGGUCGUCCUCUUCCUGCUCACAUUUCGGGACAUCACUGCGCUCAAGCAGCCCAUCGAGACCGACGAUACCAAAGGAGGCCUUUCAAAAUUUGCAAAACUGGCACGAUCGGUGACGAGAAGUCGAUCGGUGCUCGUCUCGCAUCUGCCGAAUUUGAAAGAUACAACGAAACAAUCUCAUCUGGCGCAGAUGAUGAGUUUGAGCGCGGAUAUAAUGCCUCAGUACAGACAGGAGGCGCCAAAGACACCGCCGCAUAUCCUGCUGCACUAUUGCGCAUUCAAAGCCAUCUGGGACUGGAUCAUUCUAUGUCUCACUUUCUACACCGCCAUCAUGGUGCCGUACAAUGUCGCCUUCAAAAACAAGACCUCCGAGGACGUCUCCCUGCUCGUGGUCGACUCGAUCGUCGACGUCAUCUUCUUCAUCGACAUCGUGCUCAACUUUCACACGACCUUCGUGGGUCCCGGCGGCGAGGUGGUCUCCGACCCGAAAGUGAUACGAAUGAGUCCGAAUCCUAGCUCCACCAACCAACCAACCCAACCCCAACCUUUUGAUCACGAUGAGGGACAAGGUAUUGGAAGUCUCUUCAGUGCACUUAAAGUGGUCCGAUUGUUACGACUAGGAAGAGUUGUCAGAAAACCGGACAGAUAUCUAGAAUACGGAGCUGCUAUGUUGAUCCUCCUGCUAUGUUUCUAUAUGCUUGUAGCGCAUUGGUUGGCGUGUAUCUGGUACUCCAUCGGGAGAUCAGACGCAGAUAAUGGGGUUCAAUAUAGUUGGUUAUGGAAGUUGGCGAAUAUCACACAGAAUCCAUACUCGUACGUGUGGCCCAACGAUUCGGGCACGCCGGAAUUGAUCAACGGCCCGUCCAGGAAGACCAUGUACGUUACAGCGCUCUACUUUACCAUGACGUGCAUGACCAGUGUGGGUUUCGGUAAUGUCGCUGCCGAAACAGACAACGAGAGGAUCUUUACUAUCGCUGUAAUUUUCAUUCCAGCCUUACUCUACGCUACGAUUUUUGGUCACGUGACAACGAUAAUCCAACAAAUGACCAGCGCGACAGCGAAAUAUCACGACAUGCUGAACAAUGUGCGGGAAUUUAUGAAACUGCACGAGGUGCCCAAGGCCCUCUCGGAACGUGUCAUGGAUUACGUCGUCUCGACGUGGGCGAUGACAAAAGGUCUCGACCAAGAUAAGGUGCUUAAUUUCUGCCCCAAGGACAUGAAAGCUGACAUCUGCGUGCAUUUGAAUCGCAAAGUCUUCAAUGAACAUCCCGCUUUUCGGUUAGCCCCGGAUGGUUGUCUGCGGGCGCUUGCCAUGCACUUUACAAUGUCACAUUCAGCACCUGGUGAUUUGCUCUACCAUACAGGGGAAUCUAUAGACUCCUUGUGUUUCAUAGUAACAGGGUCACUAGAGGUGAUUCAGGAUGAUGAGGUGGUAGCUAUUUUAGGUAAGGGUGAUGUUUUCGGUGAUUCCUUCUGGAAGGAUAACGCUGUGGGACAAUCGGCGGCGAAUGUUCGUGCGUUGACCUACUGUGACCUGCACACGAUCAAACGAGAUAAACUCCUCGAGGUGUUGACUCUUUUUCCCAAUAGUUUCGUACGGAACCCCAGAACCAACCUAUAACCACGCCAUAGACCUAUAUUCAGAAAGUUGCGGGAUGUAAGUGGAAAGGAACUCGCAGAACGAAGGAAAAAAUCAGAACCACAAUUGGAUCAGAACCAAGAUCACUUAGUGUGAGGAAUUUACACCCACCCCAGCAACGUCAAGUUGGAUGUUGAGAAGGGUGACCAGAAUGAUGAGACCAAAGCAUUGGUCAGGGUAGUAUCCACGACCAAGUUGUCUUCGGUGGCUGAGAAGGAUGAUAACAAUGCUGUUACUACCAAAGUCACAAGACCAGCUGCAGGACCUCCGAGAGCUAGUAAAUGGGGAAGGUUAUUAGGGUCAUAGACCUCCAGUGAAGCACAACAACCACAAACAGCGUUUCAACGUAGUCUCAGCGCAAAGGAGACUGCAAAGGAACGUCCAAGUUCAUCAAGCUCGUCAUCAUCAGGACUUCAAGGUGGGAGCGGGAAUAAAAUAUUCCCUAAACUACAAAAGGUGUCCGCUCAGGGUUCCCCAACAACCGUAACCAGGCAGGAUACAAUUGAGGAAAUCGUCGAAUUUGAAACCCCAAAGAAAUCAUUACAAUUGAGAAAAAUGCAAAGUUACGAUUGCGGGUUACGGGACCCAAGUUCAAUCCAACUCUAUCAACAAGGACUCUCAUCACCCGCGGAGUACAAAGAACUCCUGACCAACCUCAUGGACUUCAAAGUGGACGUAAAACUGGAAAUCCAAGGCUUGAAACAGAAGAUGUCACGCAUGGAAGAACUGCUAACGGAUCUGGUUGCAAAGUUAGACAACCAACAGAACCAGAAUACAACGCAUCAACAACAACAACUCCAGCAACAGCAACAAAUGGAUCAAUCAUCGUCUUCCAAGGAAUCACCACCUGGUCAAAGCUCCCAACCACAAUCAAGUCCACCGGAAAGACCCACAGAUCUCAUAGCAACCAUCAAAUCCGACGGCAAUGGUCUGGGAUCCAUGAUUUUAAAGAAGCGCAAGUCCAAGAUGCGAACGAAAGGAGCCGCCCCGCAAAUACCCGGAAAAGUUCAGAGUCCCGACAGUUCAUCAGCGACAUCAUCUCCAGUGGAGAAGGAUGACACUGUCCAUCAAGCAACCACGAGCAGUGGCAGUCCCACGCAAGCGCAGACACCGUCCUCAUCGAUUAGGCCUAACACGAGCAGCAGCGAGUUUCUUUAGUAUUAGCUUUCGCUUCGACAUUAACAUUCAACAUAACCUAAAAUAAUUAGCGAAACAUAUUUCUAAUGCCUGCCAAUGUGUGAAUAUAAGUUUUUUUCUGUUUUUCGCAAAACACUCUGUACAAAAACGGCCACCACGGAACAGCGAUUUGAAUUUGUAGUCGUAUCACUCUAGGGCCUCUAGUAGUCAAACUACGAAUAAUCAAUUAUUAAUUAAUAACUAAGUAAGGAACUACAAUGAGACUAGAGAAUUUUUAACUAUAAACCCAACGCAACUAAUCGCUAAGAAAAUUGUAUAUAUUACAAGUAAUAAACUCAAAAGCAUCGUAGAAUUUAAAUCACUUGAGGUGUGACCGAUGAGAGAAGCGGUUUGUAAACACUAGUUUUGUAUAUCAUGUACGAGCUUUAUUGAGCUUGAAUGUGCUUCAAACCAAAAGACGAACAAAAAUUCUACAGCGCGGCCAUUAAAUUAAUGGCCAACUUAUGAACAGCCGCUUCCUAAGAAUAAGAACAAAACAACUCAACUCAACACUUGACGGAUAAAGAAAAAUGAGAAAUAAAAGUGAUUGCAGCGCGAAAACAAUUAAGAACAAUUAAAAUGCCUUGAAAUCUGUGCUAUACUCGUAUUAUUACAUACAUAUUACAUAUGCAACACACAAUACACACGACAUGACAUAACCUAACAUAACUACUACUAUACUUAUGAUUGAAUUGCUUGCAAUGCAAUAAAGAAUUGUAGACUGUGUGUUGCACUGUCUAAGUUCCUCACUCAUUCAUUUUAACGACCAAAACGAAUCAAAAAAAGAAGCUUUCAAUAUUUCAAUAUUCGCGAUUGAUUUUCAACUUUGAAAUAAAAGCAUAUAAGCAAACACGAAAGCAAUAAAUAACUACUUAGCAUGAAUUUGCGUUCUUUUGAUAAUAAUCUCAUCUUUUAUGAUAUUAUGAUAAAAAUAGCUCUUAACUAAUGUACAUAAAUAGAAUAUUUAUAACUAAUUAUAUUAAUUAAGUGCGCGCCGGUAAAAUAAUUGCCUUAAAAACGAAUCUUUCAAUUCUGUCACCACAAUAUCUCGCCUUCGAACUUUUCACCACCUCACAUCAUGAUUAUUAUAACGCUUUUAACUCUAAUAUCUCAGUUUGUAGAAAAACACAACGAAAAUCAAAAAAACUCACAAAACACUUUUAGAAAGGUGAAACGCGAUGAUUUAUUACGAGAUAUUUACAUGACGUGUCGCGAACAUGAAAAUUAUAUAUAUAUACAUAUACAUACAAUAGCAACUAUGAAGUAAAUAUGUAUUAUAUAAAGAUAAAUUGCACAUACUUAUUAUAUUGAAUAUGAGAUAUAUAUGAGAAGAUAAAAUUUGAAAGUGCAAGAAUUUCACGAUGACGAUGACGAUGAUAAAACGCCUAAUUAGAAACGAACAUUGAUUUGUAUUUGAAUUUUACGUCAUUUGCGACUAUGUACUUUGAAUUUUUAAUCUUUACUCCCUUACUUUACGCUCUAGCUUUCGAAUAUCCAGAGGAUAAAACAUAAUUAUUGAUAUGAAUAUAUUUAAACUUGUUAACCGGUUAUCAGGGAAUGUGCGAGCGUGUGUGCGAUCAACCAAAGUGAGAGAUUCAGUUGUUUACCUUGUUAUUUCGAUUGUUACACUUGUAAAUCGUCCUACGAAAUGUUAUUAUUUCUAUAAGUUGAAAUUAAACUACGUUAUUAUACAUAGAAAAAUGAACAAAUAUAUAAAAAUACAAAAAAUACAUGACUUGAAA